AUGCCUAACGAAGGAUCGACCUUUGAAUUUGGACGUUCAAUGCGCUCACAUUUUCUUUUGGAUGAUGAUUACAUACCGCUUAAUCAUGGAUCAUACGGAACCUACCCUAAAGUUGUUAGGGAAGCUUUGCAAGGAUAUCGAGAUAGGAUUGAAUCUAAUCCAGAUAAAUUUAUUCGUAGGGAUUUAGAAUCGGAAUUACACAAAGCUAGGGAGGCCGUUGCGAAAUUCAUUAACGUUGAAGUAAAUGAAAUAGUUUUCGUGCUGAAUGCUACGACCGGUAUCAAUGCGAUUUUAAAAAGUUUGAAAUAUGAGAAAGGUGAUAAAUUACUUUACCUAUCAACGGUUUACAGUUCCAUAAGGGAAUUAUUAAAUUUUAUUCGGGAGAACAAUCAGGAAACUGUUGAAUUGGUUGAAAUUGAAGCGAAUUAUCCUUUGUCUGAUGAUGACUUGAUUGAUAGAUUCGUUAAGGUUAUUCAAGAGGAAAAUCAAAAACCAAAUACGAGGAUUAAAUUGGCCGUAAUCGAUUCCAUAUCUUCUCAACCUGGUGUUAUCUUUCCUUUACAACGUUUGAUUCCAAUCUUGAGACAAAAUGAUAUCCUUUCUAUCGUUGACGGAGCUCAUGCGAUCGGUCAAAUUCCUUUGGACAUUAAAGAGAUGAAUCCAGAUUUCUUUGUGACCAAUUGUCAUAAAUGUCCCUACUUGACGAUUCACGCCGCUUUGGAAUUUCGAGAGAAAAUUGGUGGUGAAGAAAAGAUACGUAAUUAUUGUAAAAAAUUGGCCAUUGAAGGAGGAAACAAGAUUGCUUCUAUCCUUGGUACGGAAAUAAUUGGACCGGAAAGUGUUAUACAAAACAUGGUUAACAUUCGUUUACCAAUUCCUGUAUCAAAUAAAGAAUUUUCGGAUAGGAAAUUCAUGAAUUUAAUGUUUAAUAAUUAUAAUUUUGCCGUCGCGAUAUUUGAACAUAAUGGUCAUUGGUACAUCAGAGCUAGCGCACAAAUCUACACGGACAUGGAAGACUUUGAAAAAGUUGGUCAUUUCGUGAAAGAGAUUUGCGAUUCUUUUUUAAGUGCGUGA